AUGGCAAACUCGAUCGAUGAAAAAUCUAUUGAAGAAGAAAUCAAUUACGAAACAUCAUCGAUCGAUACUUCGUUAAAUAGUGAACAUGUAAACAAAUCAUUGCAUUCAUUGUCAGAAUCAACAUCAGAUCAUAGUAAUGAUCAACUGAUGGAACCGAAUUUAGAAGCAUGUCAAUUUCAAACAGAAUGUUUAUAUAAACAAUGGCUUGAUUGUCAAUAUCAUGAUAAUGAAAAGAAAUCGAUCAAAAAGCCGAAUGAACUGGAAAAUGAGAUGCAAGAUCCUCCGAGAAAUUAUUCGGAUGAUAUUUUUGAUCGUAUUCAAGGUUCGAUAUUUGGCAUGGCUGUUGGUGAUGCAUUGGGGGCGCAUGUUGAAUNUGUUUCUCUCGUUGAAUAA